AGUCGAUCGAUACUAUCAAACUAGAAAACAUGAAAGCCAUUGCCCAACCCUGUGUCAGACCCGUGGAGAUUGCAAUGAAGAAGGACUCAAUGAAAGUGAUGAAGAGCAAAGUGGACGAACAGUGCGCCGCGGAAAUGCAGGCAUGUUUCUCUAAACUGAAGGAAUUAGUGCCAUCAGUCCCCCAAGACAGGAAGUUAUCGAAAACCCAGUUGUUGCAGCAUGUAAUAGAUUAUAUCUUGGACUUGGAGACCGCUCUUGACUUUAACCCCGCCGUCCUGAGCGUGCCCCUACCCAGUGUCAACAGGGCCCCACUGUCGGAAAAACCCGAGCCCAACACCAUCCAGUCCAUUAGUCAAAUGACUCUUCCCAUGGACGAAGAUGAGUCUUGUGACACCAAGUAAUUCAACAAUCCCCUCUCCCUAUGCGGAUGUGACUUAACUAUCGCAUCGGAACUCAAAAACUUUUCCAUGCGAGUUAUCAACAUUGAUCGGAGCUUUUUGGAUUGAAGAAAAUGAUAAAAGCUUCCCGAGACUCGGACAACUGGUCAACAUCAGGCACGAGGGAAACAAGUAGCUGCCCCACCCCCGGGAAUUUCCAUUUCUAUCCGAGGGACUUGUAAAAUAAAAUCUCGGAAAAUCCGGACCGGAUUUUUCCGAACUCGACGAAGAAUAGAGGGUGGCUGCUUCAACGAAUAGUAGUGACAAUGCUGAAAUCAAGCCAUCCGACUCUGGACACUUUGUUGUGUUGAUGAGAACUCAUUGGUGUAAUUUUCUUUUAGUAUCGUAUGCUGUUUUUAUUUUUAAAAAAUGAUUUUGUCACUACUUUUCUGUAAUUCGUGGCGUUCUUGG